GGGAAUCAAGGGAGGGUCUUCUCCAAGACUGCUGCUUCCGCCCUGGCCCUUAUGUGGCUCACUUGUGUGCAGCAGUGGUCUCUUCCCACCAUGACAGCAGAGUGGCGCAGGAAAGUUACCCUUAAUGGGCCAAGAAACAAAGCAGCUCUGACAAAGAACCUGUGGCAGCGGAUUGCCCAGUGACUCCAUGAGAGUUCCGUGGAGAUCUGAGGCAGAUUCCUGUGAAGUUAGGGAGUCUAUCAACACCCUUUCCCACCACUCAGACUAGGCAUGUGGUGAUAUGCGCAUCAUACAGACGCAAGCCUGCUUUCUGCAACUCUCCUGCCCCCAACAACUCGCUUCGGUGAUUCUCAAAAUCAAAGCCACUUACAGGGGCCUUCUCCUGUUUGCGCUUUGCCAAGCUCCGACUGGUGUGACUGGCUAGCCUUCUUCAGGGUAGAGAAGAGCUCCUGGCUGCAUGCAUCUCUGACCUCCAAGUCGUUCUCUGCCUGUGGGUCCACCUUCCCCCCCUCCACAUCCUCAUCCAAGAUUUCCUCCUCCUGGCUCGGUCCACUCUCGACUCGCACGCAAGCCACCGAAGUAUCCACAGGGGCCUUCGCAGUGGAAGUGGGGUCGCCUCAGAGUAUUGCAUCCAGCUCUUUGCAGAACCGGCAGCUCGUGGGCAUAGCACCGGAGUGGCAGUUUGCCUCCCGCACCUUGUGGGCAAGAAAAUUGAGUAGUGGACUAUCCCCUUCCUCGGCAUGCUAUGGAGUGGACAGAUACCGAGCACGAUAAAGGGGUAGUUGCCUGAGAAUCAAGCAGAUUGCAGCCCAGAAGGAACUAUUGUGAUCAUCUAAUCUGACUUCCUGUAUAAAACAUGCCAUAGAACUUCCCUGAAAAAAUUCCUAGAAUGUAUCUUUUAGGAAAAAUCAAGUCUUGAUUUAAAAACUGUACAUGAUGGAGAAUCCACCUCGACCUUUGCUCUUCUUUGAACUGCUGCAGUUUAUCAACAACGUCUUGACUUGUGGACGACAGAACUGGACACAGUAUUCCAGCAGCACUCACACCAGGGCUAACUACAGAGAUUGGAAGAAGAAAUCAAGCUUUCUUGAUUUUUCAACUCCCAAUUGGUUUCUUAGAGUUGAAUAAACUAAAAUGAAGAAAAUAUUCUCUAACUGGAGAAGAGGCUACUUCUGACAAAAGAUGGUCUCGUACUUCAACAGACUCUGGUUUCAGGGCCAGCUGCACAACAGUAACGCUGUGCUAUGCUUCGAGAUGUCAUGGGAAAAACCUUUCGACUUCUGGGGUAUACCAUUCAGUAUGGAUGCAUAGCACACUGUGCCUUUGAGUACCUUGGAGGAAUUGUUGUGUGUUCUGGACCUUCAAUGGAACCAACAAUUCAAAAUUCUGACAUUGUCUUUUCGGAGAAUCUUAGCCGCCAUUUUUAUUGCAUUCAGAAAGGUGAUAUUGUAAUUGCAAAAAGCCCAAAUGACCCCAAAUCAAAUAUCUGUAAAAGAGUAAUUGGCUUGGAAGGAGACAAAGUCUGUAUAAGCAGUCCUUCAGAUUUCCGUAAGAGUCACAGUUAUGUGCCUAAAGGGCAUGUUUGGUUAGAAGGAGAUAAUCUCAGGAAUUCUACAGAUUCCAGGUGUUAUGGACCUGUUCCUUAUGGACUGAUAAGAGGACGCAUUUGCUUCAAGAUAUGGCCUCUGAAUGAUUUUGGAUUUCUGCGUGCUAGCCCCAACGGUCACAGAUUUUUGGAUGAUUAAGAGAACUAAUAAGUGAAUUCUGCCAGUUUACUGAACUGUCUUACAAUGCUUUAAUAGCUUUUUUUACUGAUUGAAUGAAACAAUGUAUUUGUAUUUACAAUAAAUUAAACAUUGCGACUUUUUGA